ACGACGACGGACCAAUUCACGAGAGGAAGUUUCCACACAACUAACUAGAUAACCGCUUCAGAGGAAGGCGGAAAUUUCCCCUCCCUCGAUCGAUUUCAGCGUCCCCUUCCUAGCAUCGACCCCAAUUCCGCGUCGCCCAGCAAUCGCAAUCCCGCGAACUCCCCCUUCUUUCGACUCGCCCCGCGCCCCCUUUGGAUUUCGCCGGAUUCGAUGAAGAAGAUCUUCGGCGCCAAGAAGAACAAGGAACCCCCGCCCACCAUCCAGGACGCAACCGACCGAAUCACCAAGCGCGGCGACACCGUCGAUGAGAAGAUCAAGAAGCUCGAUGCCGAGCUCGCGCGCUACAAGGAGCAGAUCAAGAAGACGCGCCCAGGCCCCGCGCAGGAGGCCGUCAAGGCACGGGCCAUGAGGGUCCUCAAGCAGCGGAGGAUGUAUGAAGGACAGCGUGACAUGCUAUACAACCAAACAUAUAACCUUGACCAAGUUGCUUUUUCAGCGGAGGGACUUAAAGAUGCUCAACAAACUAUGACUGCAAUGAAGACUGCCAACAAAGAGCUGAAAGGAAUGAUGAAAACUGUCAAGCUCGAAGAUAUAGAUAGCAUGCAAGAUGAGAUGAUGGAUCUUAUGGACGUGAGCAAUGAGAUACAAGAAACUCUUGGUAGAAGCUACAACGUCCCUGAUGACAUUGAUGAGGAAGAACUCAUGGGCGAACUUGAUGCUCUGGAAGCUGAUAUGGACUUUGAAUCAGAGUCAGUCCCGUCAUACCUUCAACCAGAUCAAGAAUCUGAACUCAACUUACCUGCUGCACCAACUGGCCAUGCAGCAGCCCCACCACACCAGCAGCAGGAGGAUGAACUGGGAUUGCCUACAGUGCCCCAAGCAUCCAUUCGUACGUAGGCACGGAUCUUGGUCAGGAUGGAAUGAUAUUCACAGUUGAAUGUAACCUUUUUUGUGUUAUGUACCACUAUGAUUUGUGGAUGGUGUAAAUUUGAUUGAAUUGGAUUGAUCGGGACAUAAUAAGCAAUAUCAUCCUCGUGUACUCGGUGAUGGUCUGACGUUGA